GAAAUAUCGCUUCCGGUGUGAGACCUCCGUCGCUCCUCGGAGCUCUGUUGACCCGGUAAUGAACGCCGUGCCGGGGUCACUGGGCUCCAACAUGGCGUGGAGGAGCUGCUCCGUCCUGCUCAGACUGACCGGAGAAGAUGUUUUACGGAGCUCCGUGAGGGGAGGCAGGUGGAACCACAGCUUCCAGCAGAGAUGUGGUUUCAGGAAGGCCGCCAGGAAACCAGAAUCUAAGAAGGUGGAGGAGGAUCUGGGACCCGCCCGCUAUGACACAGUCCACCAAAAGACCUCCACCCCCCACUAUGAGCAGCGGGCUCCCCCCAGCUCGCCCCGGGCGUUCAGCCGGCUCAUCCGGCCGCUGGUCUUCACCGUGGGGUUUACAGGCUGCUCCUUCGGCUCAGCGGCCAUCUGGCAGUACGAGUCUCUGAAGUCUCGAGUCCAGAGCUACUUCGACGAGGUCAGAGCCGAUUGGCUGGAGAAGCUGCGACCUCAGAAACGAGGAGACUUCCGCAAAGAGAUGAACCAAUGGUGGAACAGCUUGAGUGAAGGUCAGCGGACGGUCACAGGGAUCAUUGCUGCUAACGCCGUCGUGUUCUGCUGUUGGAGAGUCCCGUCGCUGCAGCGCUUCAUGAUUAAAUACUUCACUGCUAAUCCCGCCUCUAAGACUCUCUGCUCUCCCAUGUUGCUCUCCACCUUCAGUCACUUCUCCUUCUUCCACAUGGCGGCCAACAUGUACGUCCUCUGGAGCUUCUCCACCAGCGCCGUCUCCAUGCUGGGCAGAGAGCAGUUCAUGGCCGUCUACCUGUCUGCAGGUGUUAUUUCUACGUUUGCCAGUUAUGUGUGUAAGAUGGCCACAGGGAGGUUCGGCCCGUCUCUGGGAGCGUCUGGAGCCAUCAUGACCGUCCUGGCUGCUGUUUGCACCAAAAUGCCAGAAGCCAAACUGGCCAUCAUCUUCCUCCCCAUGUUCACCUUCACUGCUGCCAACGCUCUGAAGGCCAUCGUUGCCAUGGAUACAGCCGGUCUGGUGCUGGGAUGGAAGUUUUUUGAUCACGCUGCUCAUUUAGGAGGAGCCAUGUUUGGAAUCUGGUACAUCCUGUUCGGUCACGAGUUGAUCUGGAAGAACCGUGAGCCCUUCGUUAAGUUCUGGCAUGACCUGAGGACUCGAGGCGGGCCGGGCGGCGGCGGCGGCGGCGACGACGGCCGAGGAGGUUCCGUCUAGGACGCUGAAACCACGGGACUGAUGGGGGGAAAAAAAAACGCUCCUAACAUGUAAACAUGUAUAAAUGUACAGAUGUGCAGAGAACAGGAAGAAGCUGCGGCGUCCCUGCACCAUUCGGCUUCCCCAGGACGAGUUUACAGGAAGCAGACGGGAGUCACGACGGUCGAUGGUUUCCACACAGACACUUCAUGUCUGUAUAUACGAUGCAGAUUUGUGUCUUUCUGGUUGUAUUUGUUGACAUUUUGUUUCCCUGCAGAAACAAAUAAACUCAACAGAUUGUUUAUUUACAGAAGCUGAGCACAAAGAUACAAACGUGGAAAUUAUUAUUCUAGUGUUUGGAUUCAUAGUUUUUCUACUAUAAAAGGUUUAGUAACACCAAACUGUUGAUUUAGUUCAUUACAAAAAAAACAAGAUUUACAAAUAUAUUAAACUGAGAAACCUGUAAAUCAUCUUUCUGCAGAAACUCAGUUUGUUUUGUUAUUUUGUCAUUAAUUCAUAUUUGUGUUUGUUGAUGAACUCGGGGACGUUUCAUGUCUGAAACCGAUCAUGUCACUGAUGUUCCUUCAGUUUUGGAGAGCUGUGUGCAGAUUUAUUUGUAAAAUAUUUAAAAUAAAAUUAGCACUGGAUCUAAAAACAUAACGUUUCAGUUUUAUAUACUGGUUUAGGACCAGUCAGAAUGUAAUUUAUAAGGGCCACAGUUACACAGACAGUUGAGCCACAAAAUGUUUAUUUAUCCUCUGUGAUAGUAAACAGGUCAAACUUAUCUUACAAGUGAGAACAUUUAAAUUAAAUUAAAUACCUGUUAAAUGAUUUCUGAGUAAACUGCACUAUUAUAUGUAUAUAUAAAUUAUAGCUUAUUAUUUUGUAAUAUAAUGUUUUUAUCUAAAGACCAACUAUAAUCAUAGCAGCAUAAUCAAAAUCUAAAAACAAUAUAAUACUAUAAAUUAGGUAUUAUAUUGGUAUUAAAAAUGCUUUUUCUUUCAAAAUUAUGACUUUACUCUUGAAACAAUAUAUUAUAUGGUGACUUUUUCCCAGCAGUGCUCUCAUACUCAGCAGGAAACUGGAAAUAUUUCAGUCAAAUUUAACGUUUCUGCCACAGAUCGACUUUUUAAACUAAGAAAAAUCAAAUGUCAAAGUAUUUCAACCUUUAUAAACAUGACGAGCUCAGUUCUGUUCUUCUCGUCUUUCCUUCUGAUUAUUUAUGUUUGUUGAUUUUCUUCCAAAUAAAACUGUAAAACUCUGA